ACAUAACAAAGAAGAUUGUAGAAAGUAUCUAGAAAGUCAUAUAACAUGUACCGCAUCGAUGCGUCAUCUAAGGGGUUUUUCCAUGUAGAGACUUUAUGACGAUUAUGUUGGAAUUAUUCUGGAAUUUAUAGUAACGAGAAAUGAGUACAGCAGCAGCUAAAUAUUUCUCAAAAUUGAAGUCGACGUCCGAUUCUGAGGUGUACAAGACUUUAUUAGAAAUUCGGAAGAAUGUGUCCAACACGAAAGAAGGUGUCGAGCUUCUUCUAGACAAUAAAGUUAUUCAGAUUUUAGUUCAUUAUUUGCGUAAACCAAACGAGAACAUCGUAGACGUAUGUUUAAGUAUUUUGGGGAAUGCGUGCUUACAGAGGCCUGCACGGAACCAGGCAUUAGACGCUGGAGUGUCAGAAGCUCUUGUUCAGUUACUGCGCCAAGAGGAACAGAGGGAUAGUAUUCGAGGAAGAGCUUGCCGUCUUGUGGGAAACCUUGCACAGGACCGCACGUUGGCAGACAGACUGCACCGUGCUGGUAUUUCAUCUGUUCUAGCUCCUAUGAGCGGUUCAGACGGUACUAACUCUUUAGCUACCAUUCAGAUGCUAGUGAGAGCCAUCAGAUUGCUGUGGAGUGUUUCUCAGUAUAGAACAGAGAUGUUGGAACUCAAUUUGGUCCAGAAUGUAGCAGUUCAUUUAAAGACAUCACAGGAAAGUGCUGUGGGAAAAGAACUUGUGAAAGCGGUGCUCAAGGCACUCACUGUAAUAACAAACCAUUGUACUGAUGUUUGUGCUGAACAGGUACAUGCAGGAUCCUCCAAAUUCACAUCUCUGUUACCACUGGCAGCAGAUCCGACUCUACGAGAAUCAGUUCUUAGUACGGUUUUGAACUUGUGUCACAUAGAAAGUCAUCGGCCUGAAUUGGGAAAUGCUGGAACUGUUGAAAUACUCUUAGAUGCCCUAAUGGAUCCCAGUAUAUCAUACACAGAUCUGCUUUACCAGACUGCCUUUAAUGCCUUGUGCCUUCUGACUCGUGAAUCUGUAAACCGUGCUAAGAUUCGACAUGCUGGAGGACUUGCUGUUCUUUUAAGUGCCUUGCAUCGUGGGACAGAACCAAUAGCAAAUGCUCAGAGGACACAUGCACUCCAUGCACUAGUGCAAUUUGCAUAUGAUGAUCUGGGCAUGACAGAGUUGCUGCAGGCUGGACUUUUUGGAGCACUAUCAACACACCUAGCAGCAUCUGUAGAACGUUGUGGUCCUAAUCAUGGACACAAAAUUCAUGAAAAAAACAAGGAUAGGUCAUCCAGCCAUCAGAGCAAUAGAAAGAGAGUUCGUGUUAGCAGCCCAAGCUAUGUUGCUGUCAAGAAAGAGCGAGAGCUGAGCAGGUCGUGGUCAUCAGAUUGUAUGGAUGGCAAUGACAUUCAGAUGAUAGGAGACUGGAGCCCAACUAGUUCUCAUAGCUUUUGUUUCUCACCGGACGGACCAUCUUCACCAUCUCCAAGUUCAGCUUCGUCUUCUCCACCACCAACACCAACAGAAUAUGACUGGCCUGAUUUAUACUCUCCUGUAACAGCUGAAUAUAAUGAAAGCAAUGAUGAAGAGGAGAUGGGACUUCAGGAAUCAUGGAAAGACAUGAUUGAAGACAGUGAAGCUGAUAGUGAUACUGACAUGGGACCUCCAGAGGUACCUCUCCCAUGCAGUGGUAAUGAUUUGGGCUAUAUCCUUGUGUUGCUUUCAAGAGUUUCACAUAUGGACUCACUGUCUGAAGGACAGGCAUUAGCACCUACUCUUGAAACACUGAUAGAUUACAUUGUGCAGAUGGAGACAGCACAGCAUUGUGCUUCCAAGAUUCUUGCUCGUAUAAUAAGAAACAGGAAAUGCUUCUUGCCAUUAGUCCAGCAAGGAUUUGUGCUUUCUGUUCACUGCCGAUGCAUGUUGCCCCGACAUAAAGACUGUGAGAAAUGUUCAGGAGUUGAAGCAUUUGGUGCCACAAUAUUGCAACAAAUAUCUGUACAGGCUGAAUCAUCAUUUGGGACUGGUGAAAUGGAACAUGUUCUACAUUGUGGAGAAAAGGAAGUUCGUGCAGUUCUUGCACUGAGCAUACCUCACAUUAUCAAGAAUACAUCAAAGCUGCGUAAGUUGUUACUUGGAUGCCAUGCACUGGAUAUUAUUCUAUCAAUUUUGGACAGUCAAGAUAUGGAAAAAUGUUUGAAAUAUGCUCCCCACAGCCUCCAUGCUCUCUGCCUUUCACUCAGUAUCAGCAAUCCUGCUGAAAAGAGACAUUUCAAGGAAGCAUUAACUGAAUUUAGUCGCUCAGUUAAUGAUUGUUCGGAGACAACAGGCGACAAAUAUGUGACCAUCCUAUUAGACUGUGGAACAAGGAUAACUGCAGACCGAGAUAUAUUGUGUAGGAGCUCUCCAUUUUUCUCUGCAAUGAUGUCAGAAACAAGCAGUUGGAGUGAAACAGGAAAAAAGGAGAUAACAUUGCAUGAUGUAGCUGCCACACCAUUAAGGCUUCUACUCUCAAUAGCUGUCCAUGGCCAUCCAACAGAAAGCCUCUACAAGAAAGCUGGUCUUACAGAUGUUCUUAAUACCAUUGCUUUGCUUGACAGAUUUCUUUUCGAUGGUGCAGACAAGCUGUGUACAAUGGUACUGCAGAGAUUCUUGUCGCCCAGCUCUGUUGCAUCAGUGUAUUUGCAAGCUGCACAAUGCGGACAACCAGAAUUGAUGACGUGCAUUCGACUAGGUGCACUGAGAUAUUUACUGAUAGCUAAAAUGCUUCCUACAGAACGGCAGCAUUCUUUCAGAUUGUUGCUGCAGUCACAGAAGCGAGAUAUUUUUUUGUCUGAUAUUUCAAGGCUUCUUAGAAGUGAACUAACGUGUUAAAACUAUUAUGUAGCUAAUGUUUUUGAGCGUCUUUUACAUAAAAGUUUCUCUCUAGUCUGUCAUAUUGACAGGAAUGUAAAAUACUAAAAUAGCUUAUCUCUUUUUUUUUAUUGUGUUAAGUUUGGUGCUAUGUGAUAAUUUACUGUACCUGAUAUUUGUAACUGAUGUUCCCUGAUAAACCUUGUGAAGUCAACCAUUUGUGAGAUUAUGGGGAUCUAUAUGAGACAGGGAGUCUGCUCUCAGGAUGACAUUGUACUUUUUUGAGAAAGUUGUGCACUGUUGCACACAGCUGGCAAAUACAGAAGUUAUUUUAGUAGGAACAUGCUGAGAAGGUUGCAAAUGGAUCCUCAUGUGACAGACAAAAUAGUGAUGUUUAUAAUAUGGGUGGAGGGAAUCUACUUCCAAAUGACGGUUGGAAAAAUGUAGAAAAACAUAAUUUGCAACCUUUUAGACCGAGGGGCUUCUUCUGCUAGAAGAGUGGAAAAGUUUUGAGGAAGGGAGAAUGGCAAGGCUUUGUUCAGUAUUUUAUGUCAGAAAGCCACUGUCUCUUUUAAUAAUUGAGCAAUCUUUUUUUUAUUAGAUUAAUGUAAUAUUUACAGUUGCUACAGUAAUACAUAAACACAACACUCUGUCUUUUUGUAGCGGAAGAUCACUUUUCCCUUGAUUGUUUUCUUUGUGUUGCAUUCUUUCAAUUCUGUACAUUGACCUUCAUUAUGAUGCAAAGUUAGAGAAAAAUAUAAAAAGCAUUAAGCCAUUUACUUUUUGUAAUAAUGUGCUAAAGAUAAUAAAAUAGUUGAAAGGUUUCCUUUUUAACACUCUAAAAGAAAUGUUAAAAAUGUAGUCAAACGACACUGCUAUUUUAUCCAGUGCUUUGAUACACCCUUAUCAGAAAUGUAUCUUUCAUGUUUGCUACUGGAAAGCAAUGAAUCAUCUGUAGCAGCAAUAUCACACUCAAACUGUACUGCAUUAUUCUAAAGACAUAUUUUGUAAAUGCAUACGAAGUAUCAAAGUCAGAAGUGUAACUUAUGUUUAGUGGACCUAACAUGAAUGUUGGAAACACUGUAUGUAAUGGAACUUCACAACAGAUUAAAAGUUUUUGACUAAACAAUACUUGAAUGCAGACCCAUACUUACUUAUUGGAGAGUGAAUGUGUAAUGUUUGAAACAAUUAUGUAGGCCGUGGCUUUAUUGUACUUCUCUACAUCCUGUCUCCCACAAACUCUAUGUCAGUAAGCUUUGCGAAAGAACCUCUGCACAGUUUGGUAGGAAAGGAGUGCUACCAUAUUGAGGCUUUAGGUAAUGCCAUGGGGCAUGUUAAGGGAACUCUUUUGGUAGAACAUUGCCAGUGAAAGGAAAAGUUUAGUGUUCAAGUCCUGACUUGAUAGCAGUUGUAAUCUGUGAGGAAUAUAAAUAACAACAUUGGAAAUAUAGGGUGGAAUAUGAGCAGUGUAAUGAGUGUAGAAAACUUGUCAACAUGUCAUGUCAGCAGUUUCCCUGUGUUCUAUCUUCCCUCAAGAUUUCUCAAGCUAUCUGUUCCUGUGUACCGCAUGUCAUUACCAGAAUGUAUUGAGACAAGCUUUCUCUGGUGAAAUAUUCCUUCUCCUUCUCCUAGACAUUGCCCUCCAUUUCCUCUUGACUCAUGUUCGCUUCUCCCACACCACUAAAGGCAAUACCUUACACCUGUUAGGCAGCAAGAUUGGGGCAAUGUAGUUAGGUUUUCCCAUACAUGUAUGCAUGUAGUCUGAGAGUGAAUACAAGUUUCUCAGCUGAGCUAAUACAUACAAGAUUUUGUUUAUAAGUAUAUCCACCACUCUGUGUAAGCCUCCAUAACAGAGUCAGCAGCUAUCUGUACUUAUUUCUUUAGUUACAGGUACACACAUGACUGCAGAGUGAAACUUUCAUUCAGAACUGUCUCUGGUAUCGAGGAUAAGAUAACCAAUAUGUUAAUAAUUUUUCUGUAUUUCAUACCCUUUACUACAACAGAAACAACAGUAAUGGUCAAAUAUAACAUUUUCAUUUAAUAAAGGGA